UUAUCAGGGGCUGGGCGCCUCACCCAGCCAACCUUGACCGUGCACGGCCGCGGCGGCUCUUCCAUGACCAUGGAGACCCUGGAGGUCCCUCUCCUACUCAGCGCCCUGCUCCUGUCACCUGCAGAAGCUCAGCAGGCCUCGCAGUACCGCCCGAAGCCCUGGCUGGUGGGCCUGGCUGCCGUCGUGGGGUUCCUGUUUAUCGUCUUCGUCCUCAUGCUGGUUAAUCGCAUCUGGUGCUCCAAAAAGAGAGCUGAGGAUGAGGAGUUCGCAUUCGGUAUGGAGUCCAACCCCUAUCAGGACACAGCCCUGAGUGAAGAAGGCAAGAGGGAGAGGAAAGGGGAGAUGAAGGACCAGAAGGGCAAGACGGCUGAGAAAGAAGGAGAAACGAACUCAGGGCUGGAGCUGGAGGAGAAGGAGACCGGAGAUUAUGGGAAGGUCGCGAACACAGCCAUGUGAAGAGUCGACUCUCGCUUCCUCCAGGCAGCUGCCCAGAGAUGCCCCUUCCAUACCAUGUAAGCAAUGGCCCAGAUGUGAAACCACCAUAAUAACUCCAUGUAGAAUCGAGAGCACCCAGUGAAGAGGCGUGGGACGUGCCCUGCCCUGCCAGGGAGGGCUCCGUGUGCGCAUGUGUGGGCUCUUUCUGACUUGUCCCCCUAGUGAUUCUUCUUGCACUUGGACCGCGUUCUUGGCUGUGGAGAAACCCCCAAGCCCUUACCAUCUCAUGGCUCCCCCUACUUCUCCCCCUGCCUGAUUUUUUUUCCCUCUCCCUGCUGUCUGUUGGCCAGAACCUCCUCCUGCCCCACUCAGCCUCGGGGACCAACACCGGGUAGGGGUUGCUUUUCCGAGACCUGCAUUAAAGAAUUGAUAAGAGC